CACUGUUGAAGUUUCUCGUUCUCUGACUCUCUGUACUCAAACUCUAGCUGGGUUCGAUCUACUGGUACUUGAUUUUUGCUCGAUUUGAAUUUUGAUGAUUCAUCAUCGUAGAUAGUGUUCAUUCCAAGAGAUUUUGCGCUUUCGAUCUGCACAUUUUCGAAGUUCCACAUAAAGAUUGAAGAAAAUCUGGCAAAAAGAGUGUUAAAUCCGACCCUUUUCCGAUGAAUUUUAGGGUUUUGGAGCUUUAAUUUGACGAUUUCAUCAUUUCUGCGUUCAGAUUAGUGUUUUUCUUUUGGAUUUAAGAUGAAGAAUUCUGUUUUCCAAGUAUCAAAUCUCUGAGAUUCUGGAAUGGCUGCAAGGCGGAUCAACAAGGAGUUGAAGGACUUGCAAAAGGAGUUGCAGAAGGACUCUUCCCUUUCCUGCAGUGCAGGACCUGUUGGGAAUGACAUUUUCCAUUGGCAAGCAACGAUUAUUGGUCCAUCAGAUAGCCCUUAUGCUGGUGGCGUAUUCAAUGUGACAAUACACUUUCCUCCUGAUUAUCCUUUCAAACCACCUAAGGUGUCUUUCAAGACAAAAGUUUAUCACCCCAACAUAAACAGCAAUGGCAGUAUCUGUCUUGACAUUCUAAAAGAGCAGUGGAGUCCUGCCCUUACAAUUUCAAAGGUUUUAUUGUCAAUAUGCUCGCUGCUGACAGAUCCCAACCCUGAUGAUCCUCUGGUGCCUGAUAUAGCACAGAUAUACAAGAAUGAUAAAGCCAAGUAUGAAGCAACUGCUCGAAGCUGGACACAGAAAUAUGCCAUGGAGUAAAAGGAGCUCUUGAUUUGCCUGCUUAGUGGUUAGAAUGACCUUGUUAUCACCUUUCUAUUCUCUUGAUAAAUACAGAGGAAGAGAGAUAGAACUCAAGUAGCUUCUUGGACUAUACAGUUCAUCUUUUUAGUACUAAAGGUAGUUUUUAAAGGGGGUUGCUUUCUGAGUUUCAGGCAUUCAAGUGACAAAAAAACUCUGUUCAAAUCCUCUGGUGUCUGACUUUUUAUUACCCCAGACAUCCUUUUCAUUUCCUUCAUAUAUUACAUCAUGAUCUUGAAUCCUUGCAAGACCUCAGAAAAAUUCAAAAACAUAUGGUAAUGCCUGCUGAUGCAUAUAGUAUAAAGCAUGUCUAGAAGAGAAUCUCCCUUGCUGCUUGGAGAUGUUAAUUCCAUUUGUGUGAAUGGAUUAUGCAUAAAAUGACCUACCUACUUUAUCCUACAAUUCAUGAUUUUCAUUAUUUAUGAUAUUUUAUACUGAUUUAAGCCUUGUCUGUGAAGUCUUGAUGUAACUUUAUGAAAAGCAUAUGGAAUAGUCGAUGCACUGUCUUUACUUUGCACUGAGGACAUGUCACGGACUUGAUGCUCUUCACUUUUCUUUUUCCAAGUAUUCAUAAAUGGUGCGCUUGAUUUCUGCAGUUGGAUUCCUUACUUCGGAAUUGACCUCUGCACUGGGAAAUAUAACGACUCUGAAAGUCUGUCCUUGUAGAGAGAGGGCCAAAAAACACAAUAGAUGAAAAGUCAGCCUAGCAGUAAGCUGUAACCCCACCUCUGCUUUUUGCCUCAUCCUUAAGUUGUCUUCUUAACUACAUCAUGCAAGAGUACCUGAUCUCUUUUGGUAGAUGCCCAGUCAAUUUUGUCUGGUUGGUGCCCUUUCAAUUUUCAUCACUUAUUAUUUUGCUCCCUCAUUCACAUGGAGAAGGUAGAGGUCCCAAUUCCUAACAUUACUCAAACUUGUUAAACAAAGGUAACAUGUUUAA